AUGUCCACUGAUGUCAGCAAGGAUGGCGCCCUAUCUGACUGUCAGUUACUUGAUAAUAUCGACUUUGAGUCGGUUUUAAAAGACUUCAACAUCGACAUUGACCCGUUAGAUGCUGCUGACUUUGAUGAGGUUGCCUACAUAAAUGAGCUUUUUCCAUCGGAGCAAUCUCUUUCCUCGAUUGAUGAUGUUAUGAAGACAAUUGCACAGAAGAUUCAGAGUAUAGACGAGCAAACGCGACAAAUAAUCCAUGGCCAAUGGAAACUGGAAGAGCAGGGUCCUGCUGUCGUCAGUGAAGCCUCUCAAAUGAUACAGUCUUUAUUUGUAAAAAUCCGAGAAGUACAGGAACGUGCAACAUCUUCGGAAAGAAUGGUGGCAGAGAUAACGAGUGAUAUUCAACAGUUAGAUCAGGCGAAGAGGAAUCUAACCCUCUCAAUAACCACUCUGAACAAUCUCGCUCUUAUUGUUGGUGACAUCGACAGACUGAACUCUGUUCUUGGCAUCAACACUUGCGCCUCAAAAGAAACCAGCACAAAUCCCUUCGAUAAAGAAAAACCACCUUCUCUCCUUACUGUUGCCGGAAUCGAAGAUAACUUAGCCAGGGCCCAACGUCUAAUGGAGCCAAUGCUUAGCGCCUACUCGACGGUUCCUGCAAUAAAGGAAUUGGAUGCUGAGUUGUCCAACAUAUUCGCGGAUAUCAGUAUCCGUGUACCACAGGAGCUGAAAGAUCUGCUUAGCGGCCCAUCGGCACGCGUUGUAACCGAAAAUGCGCCAAAAAUCCUUGCAGGAUGCCGCCUUCUGGAUCUUUUACCCACUGACAAAGCGAAAAUGGAACUUGUGCAGUGGUUCGUGUCAAACCAGUUGCUCGAGUACCAAGAAUUGUACGAACCCUCGCAGGCUGUCGCCUGGUUGGACAAGAUUGACCACCGCUACGCUUGGCUGCGAACCAACCUCACGCCCAUAGAACGCAAGAUUCGGGCGCUCUUCCCGCCUGAAUGGCUUGUUCUCGAAAGGCUGAUCGUGGAGUUCUGUCGAAUCACUCGCAAGGAUAUGGAAAUCACAAUGCAACGGCGGCGAGCCGAAAUAACGCACACUCUGCUCGUCUUUGCCCUUCAACGGACACUCGCUUUCGAGACUAGCCUCUCAAAGGUGGCUUCUGGUGCAACUCUCAAGUGCGCUUCCAUUGCUACAGAAAGCCAAAAGGGAACUGAGCAAAAAAAGAAGUCUACUCAGAAUACAAACCCCUUUGGGGAUGAUGAGGAGGAUGAUGAUGCUGGGGCGAAUGAGGAGGAGAAGAAGGUGGACGCUGCAAACGGUAAAUCGGAUGAGAACGUGUCAACUGACGCCGACGAGGUGACACCUAAGAACUCCGUAGGCUCUGGGCCGUGUUUCGAUCCCUACUUUGAUUUGUACCUGAACUAUGUCGAACGCGCUCUUCACGACCAGCUUGUCUCGCGUCUUGUGGGAGAUAUGUCAGUGAACAAGUCCAGUCUCAGCACUCACGAAUUCGGCGAGGUUCUGCGCGAUGGUGCCCCGGCUAAUUCUGGAGGCGGUGCUGCCGGUUCCGGAGACAUGGCUGAGAACACACUCUAUUCUGCGACAGACCUCUUCCUUCUCUACAAGCAGCUUUUUAAGCAGACACUUCAGCUGAACAGAGGAAAAGGACUUGUUGGUCUGUCCAAUCUCCUACGGAAGUACCUCUCAGAGUACACUGAAAAGGUCCUCUGUCAUGCGAUCCCCGGCCUGACUAGUUCAUCCACAUCGACUGCUAGUGGUGUCGCUGCGUCCGCCUCGAAAGCCUUCAGUUUGGCCUCUCUAGGUUUAAUCCGAGACGACAGUAGCCGAGAUACUACCGACAGUACCGGGCACGAUAAUCCAGUAUCUGCGCUGACUGUGGCCACCAACCUUUCCAACCAGUUCUUUGCAAACCUCCUCCGCGAUGAGCAGCCCGUACGUCUCACUAAGGACGAGGUUGUUGGUGUCUGCGUCAUCCUAGUCACCGCCUCCUACUGCAUUAAGACGGUUGAAGAACUGGAGAAGAGGCUCAAGUGGGAGGUUUGUGUACCAUUUUUUAAAUGCACACCCUUUCUGUUCCCGCGGGGCGCUCAACCUACGUUUUGCGAGCACUGCAUAGGAUUCACACGAGAAUUUCUCACCCGUACGGAAACCGUCUCCCAACCCGUUUGA